AUGUUUGCUAGUGUGGAUAUUGCAGGUGAUAACAGGGACAACGUUCAAGGUGGAGCUACUCAGACAGAGAAUCAGACUCAAGAAACUCCAAAUGAACAGCUUGAGGAAGUAGUUAAGCAAACAGAGGGUCAGGAUCUUGCAGAUUAUCAGCUAGUGAGAGAUAGACCAAGAAGACAAGCGAAGUUGCCAGUAAGAUUGGAAGACUAUCAGCUUGAGGAUGAGUUUGAAGAUAUUGCAGGCUACGCUUAUCUGAUAACUGACGAUGGAGGAAAACCAGAGCGAGGAUGUUAUCAGGAAGCGUUAAACAGAAGGAAGGAUAAGAAAGCUAUAGGAUGCAAAUGGGUGUUCAAGCGAAAGGCUGGGAUACCUGGUGUUGAAGCUCCACGGUUGAAAGCGAGGUUAGUAGCGAAAGGCUACUCAGAUAAGGAAGGCAUUGACUAUCAAGAGAUCUUCUCUCCAGUAGUCAAGCACGUCUCUAUCAGGUGUAUGUUGUCAGCAGUACUUCACUUUGACAUGGAGCUACAACAAAUGGAUGUGAAGACUGCUUUUCUACAUGGGUACUUGGAUGAAGAAAUCUAUAUGGAACAGCCUGAGGGAUACGUUGACAAGAAUCCUCCAGAUAAGGUUUGUCUGUUGAAAAGGUCGUUGUAUGGACUCAAACAAUCACCAAGGCAGUGGAACACCAGGUUUGAUGAGUUCAUGCAGUCGAAUGAUUACCAACGAAGUGAAUACGAUGUUUGCAUCUACUACAAGGAGCACAAGAAUGGAGAAUUUGUGUAUCUGCUCUUGUACGUUGAUGAUAUUCUCAUAGCUUCCAGAGACAAGAAGCAAGUGGAAGACCUGAAGAAACUUCUGAGUUCAGAAUUUGAGAUGAAGGAUUUGGGUGAAGCUAAGAAAAUCUUGGGUAUGGAGAUUACAAGAGAUAGAUCCAGAGGAAUACUCACUAUCUUUCAGGAAGGUUACUUGACAAAAGUGUUAGGUAACUUUGGUAUGGAUCAAAGUAAGCCAACAGGGAUACGAUUGGGAGCUCAUUUCAAACUGCAGGCGGCUACAGAGAAAGAGUCCCAGGAUCAGCGAGAAUCGAUGGAGAAUUUCCCAUAUCAAAGUGAUGUUGGAAGUUUGAUGUAUGCCAUGAUAGGAACAAGACCAGAUUUAGCCUACGCAGUUGGAAUGAGAAAGUUAGUCUACAAGAAAGAAAGAGAGUUCGUCAUCAAGGGAUACUGUGACUCAUACUACGCAGCAGAUAAAGACAAGAGACGCUCAAUCUCAGGUCUUUUGGAGCAUUUGGAGCAUAUGGGACGUGAGGAGCAUGGAAGGACUUGGUGCAUGGACGCAGCUCAACUGGAUACGCAAAGGAAGAAGGAAGCCAUCUUGAAGACCAGCUCGACCACCUACUCGACCAACCGGUCGAGUUCCUCAACUCGACCGGCCAAGCUUCAACUCGAUCGAGCUGAGAAGUCAAAGUCAAACCCGAAAAAUGUUGCUUCCCCCUUGACUUUCCUUUGA